GCUUUGUGAGAAGACAGAAAAAUGUUAACGAGCUGUCCGUGGUAUUGAGAGACUUUAAACGGAGAUAAAAAUCACAUUUAAGACACUCAGGGGUUUUGGAUUAUGUGGAGACAGAGUCCAGGCCAUCUAGGUUCAACUAAAGGAUUGUGGAGGACAAUUUAAAGAAGCUUUUUUUUUUUGCGAACAAACUUUUUCACGCAUUUGAGGCGCACAAAGAACGAAACCAGUAAACUUUGGGAUCGAGAUAUGUCUCACCGAAGAAGCCGCAGCGCAUCACCAGGACGUUAUUCACGUUCCUGCAGCAGUAAUGAUCCUAGAGAUUUGGAGAGACGGAUUUUUGUUGGGAAUUUGCCGACCUCCGACAUGGAAAAGAAGGAAUUGGAAGACCUGUUCAGUCCAUACGGAAAGAUAGUCGGCGUAUCCAUGUUUCGUGGGUUUGGAUUUGUACAAUUUGAACGCGUUGAGGAAGCCGAAGCUGCAAAGGCGGCCCAAAAAGGUCGAAUAUAUAAAGGUUAUAAAAUAGAUGUAAAUAUGGCAGUGGAGCGACGGCAAGCUAAACCUCAAUCCCAGCAGAGCCCUCCACGAAGGGCCCCGUAUAGCAGUUAUGGCGACAGCAAGGAGCCCCGACCUCGAUCACGUUCCCCCGUUUAUGGUCGUGAUGGUCGCGAUGGACGUGAGCCUCGGAAUGGCCGUGAUGGACGUGAGCCUCGGGACAGCUGUGAUGAAAGAGGCUCAAGUCGAGAGCCGAGGUCAGGUGGCCACUCUCGUGACCCUGAUUACCGAUACCGUAGCUCAGAGAGCAGAGACAAGGACCUCAGAGGUGACCCACGGGAUCCUGCAUACAGCAGAGAUGACUACGACCGAUACUACCGCAGUGGUGCUGAAGACUAUUACCGGAGGAAGGAUGAACCCUACAGGGACCCUUACAGAGAUCCCUGGAAUGGACGCCGUGAGCCAGAGGAUGGUCGUGCUCGACCAGAAGAGCGUCGGCGUAAUGAAUUGUAUCGACAAUACUAUGAAGAACUCCAGCGGCGUUACGACACCGACCGUCCUGUCGAUUGUUCUGUGAUCGUCGUCAACAAGGCGCAAAAGGAGUAUGCUGAGACAGUGGGGCGAAAAGUCCGUGAUUUGGGCAUGGUGGUGGAUCUGAUCUUCCUCAACACAGAAGUGUCACUAACCCAGGCGCUGGAGGAUGUCGGCCGAGCGCGCACUCCCUUUGCCAUCAUCAUUACCCAGCAGCACCAAGUCCACCGAUCCUGCACUGUCAACAUCCUGUUCGGCACACCGCAAGAGCAUCGAAACAUGCCAAUGCAGGAUGCCAUGAUGCUGGUUGCCCACAACUACGACACGUACAAAGUUGAAAAUCGUGAAAAGGAACGUGAGGAGAUUGCCAGAAAGGCUGCCAAGAUGGCGGACGAUGUGUUAGUCAGGGAGCCUGACAGAGAGAGCCACCCCGUUUCUGUGCUCACUGCCAUCACACUGCUGUCUGAAAACAGGUUUAUAACACCAGAAGAACUGGAUAGCCUCAUUGGGUACCUGAAGGAGAAAAGAACCCGGCUGCUACGCAGCACUGUCGACCCCCUUGCAGCUGCAGUCCAUGUUGCAGCUCCUGCAGCAGUACAUCAUGACAUUCCACCCUCAGCUGCAGGACUGCCUCCUCCAUCCCAUUCUACUCACACAGCCCCACAGUCCAGCCAUCUGGGCCCAGCAGUCACUUCAAGCGCCUCAGUCAACCCCAGCCAUCAGCAGGAGCUGCAGGCUAAAAUCCUCAGCCUAUUCAACAGCGGCACGGGGACGUCAGCGGGCGCUGGAGGUCCAUCUGUUCCCUCCCAGUCGCAGGCCUACGGCUCUCUUGGCCCAUCCCCUUCCCAGAACCCACCACGUCUAGCCAUGCCUGGCCCUCCUCCAGCUGGAUCCCAGGGUUACGGCACCCCACCGGGCCGAAUGCCACUUGCACCCAGUGGUCAAAGACCGCUCAGCACCACUUCAGGUAUCAAUUUUGACAGCCCGAGUGUACAGAAAGCUCUGGACACACUCAUUCAGAGCGGACCGUCUUUGACCACGUUGGUGGGCGCGGCUGCCUCUCAGCAACCACCCCCCAGGCCGCAACCUGGCAUGGGCCAGGUCCCACCUAUGUCCAUGUAUCCCCGACAAAGCUUUUUUUUUUUGCGAACAAACUUUUUCACGCAUUUGAGGCGCACAAAGAACGAAACCAGUAAACUUUGGGAUCGAGAUAUGUCUCACCGAAGAAGCCGCAGCGCAUCACCAGGGCGUCACUCACGCUCCUGCAGCAGUAAUGAUCCUAGAGAUUUGGAGAGACGGAUUUUUGUUGGGAAUUUGCCGACCUCCGACAUGGAAAAGAAGGAAUUGGAAGACCUGUUCAGUCCAUACGGAAAGAUAGUCGGCGUAUCCAUGUUUCGUGGGUUUGGAUUUGUACAAUUUGAACGCGUUGAGGAAGCCGAAGCUGCAAAGGCGGCCCAAAAAGGUCGAAUAUAUAAAGGUUAUAAAAUAGAUGUAAAUAUGGCAGUGGAGCGACGGCAAGCUAAACCUCAAUCCCAGCAGAGCCCUCCACGAAGGGCCCCGUAUAGCAGUUAUGGGGACAGCAAAGAGCCCCGACCUCGGUCACGCUCCCCCGUUUAUGGCCGUGAUGGACGUGAGCCUCGGGACAGCCGUGAUGGAAGGGGCUCAAGUCGAGAGCCGAGGUCAGGUGGCCACUCUCGUGACCCUGAUUACCGAUACCGUAGCUCAGAGAGCAGAGACAAGGACCUCAGAGGUGACCCACGGGAUCCUGCAUACAGCAGAGAUGACUAUGACCGAUACUACCGCAGUGGUGCUGAAGACUAUUACCGGAGGAAGGAUGAACCCUACAGGGACCCUUACAGAGAUCCCUGGAAUGGACGCCGUGAGCCAGAGGAUGGUCGUGCUCGACCAGAAGAGCGUCGGCGUAAUGAAUUGUAUCGACAAUACUAUGAAGAACUCCAGCGGCGUUACGACACCGACCGUCCUGUCGAUUGUUCUGUGAUCGUCGUCAACAAGGCGCAAAAGGAGUAUGCUGAGACAGUGGGGCGAAAAGUCCGUGAUUUGGGCAUGGUGGUGGAUCUGAUCUUCCUCAACACAGAAGUGUCACUAACCCAGGCGCUGGAGGAUGUCGGCCGAGCGCGCACUCCCUUUGCCAUCAUCAUUACCCAGCAGCACCAAGUCCACCGAUCCUGCACUGUCAACAUCCUGUUCGGCACACCGCAAGAGCAUCGAAACAUGCCAAUGCAGGAUGCCAUGAUGCUGGUUGCCCACAACUACGACACGUACAAAGUUGAAAAUCGUGAAAAGGAACGUGAGGAGAUUGCCAGAAAGGCUGCCAAGAUGGCGGACGAUGUGUUAGUCAGGGAGCCUGACAGAGAGAGCCACCCCGUUUCUGUGCUCACUGCCAUCACACUGCUGUCUGAAAACAGGUUUGUAACACCUGAGGAACUGGAUAGUCUCAUUGGGUACCUGACAGACAAAAGAGCCCGGCUGCUACGCAGUGCUGCAGACCCUCUUACAGCUGCAGUCCAUGUUGCGGCUCCUGCAGCAGUACACCAUGACAUUCCACCCUCAGCUGCAGGACUGCCUCCUCCAUCCCAUUCUACUCACAUGGCCCCACAGUCCAGCCAUCUGGGCCCAGCAGUCACUUCAAGCGCCUCAGUCAACCCCAGCCAUCAGCAGGAGCUGCAGGCUAAAAUCCUCAGCCUAUUCAACAGCGGCACGGGGACGUCAGCGGGCGCUGGAGGUCCAUCUGUUCCCUCCCAGUCGCAGGCCUACGGCUCUCUUGGCCCAUCCCCUUCCCAGAACCCACCACGUCUAGCCAUGCCUGGCCCUCCUCCCGCUGGAUCCCAGGGUUACGGCACCCCACCGGGCCGAAUGCCACUUGCACCCAGUGGUCAAAGACCGCUCAGCACCACUUCAGGUAUCAAUUUUGACAGCCCGAGUGUACAGAAAGCUCUGGACACACUCAUUCAGAGCGGACCGUCUUUGACCACGUUGGUGGGCGCGGCUGCCUCUCAGCAACCACCCCCCAGGCCGCAACCUGGCAUGGGCCAGGUCCCACCUAUGUCCAUGUAUCCCCGACAUUACUGAUGCGCUGUCAUGAAUUACUUCACCUAAUGUGAGGUCCACCUCCCGCUCUAACACAAAUAGACACCACAUCAGUUGUGGAGUGAGUUUACCAGUUGUGUAUAGGUUGACUGUAGGGAUGUUUUGUAAAAGCUUUUAUGUUCAUUUUUUAUUCUGUUCUGGGUAUUGUGUUCAGUUUAUUAAAUAUGACGACUUGUCCAGACUACCUAAAGGUCUGUUUUUAAUUGGUAGCCAGAAGAUAAUUAUUCGGUCUUCUUACACACAAGUCAAACUUUGCGAUAUGAAGUGUGUGAAGUACACUAUAUUUUGGUUUAUGAUGGACUCCUUGGUUCUUUUCCAGCCAUGACCUGUUGUUUCAUAGUUUUUUUGAAUUUGUACCAUUGCCACUUUCAUAAUAAGACAUUAUUAAAAACUCCAGACACAAUUGCUGUAAUA